AUGCAUUCCAACUUGUUUACAAGCCUCUUAACUCUAGUCCCGGUGCUGGGAAACCUCGCACUAGGAUAUGAGGUCCAGACUCCUCCGCUUGAUACCGAUUGGACAUACUCCGUCGGGACCGACCCUUGGCCCGAGUAUCCCCGUCCCCAGCUCCAACGAUCUCAAUGGCAGAGUUUAAACGGCAUCUGGAAGUGGAAGAACGCAUCCUACCCGGGCGAACCUGUCCCAGCCAGCAACAGCUUCCAGCAGGAUAUCCUGGUGCCAUCAUGCAUUGAGAGCGCCCUCUCAGGUGUCAUGCAGAUGAACCAGACAUAUUCGUGGUACCAAACUGAGUUCAAGGUUCCCCAAGGUUACGCGACAAAAAGCCAACGGCUUUUGCUGAACUUCGAGGCUGUGGACUACCAGGCUACUGUCUAUGUCAACGGCGAUUUGGUUGGAACGCACGUAGGCGGCUACUGGCAUUUCAACUUCGACAUCACCAAGUACCUUAGUUCCAACGGCACCAACACUCUACAUGUCUUCGUAUUCGACCCCACAGAUCGUGAAGGCUUCAUGAUUCCUGUUGGAAAGCAGACUCGUACGCCUUCGCACAUCUUCUACACGCCUUGCUCGGGUAUCUGGCAGACAGUUUGGCUAGAAUCUGUCCCGGAAACAUACAUCAAGCAGCUUGACGUUAUCGCGGACAUGUCGGGACAAGUCAAUGUCACUGUUGGAACUAGCCAAGGUUCCGACCCAGUCACGAUCUCUAUCGUUGACAGCGACGGCAAGGAGGUCGGCUCCGCAAAGGGCGUCGCUAACAAGCCAUUCGACUUCGUUGUGGAUUCCCCUGACCUAUGGUCUCCGGACUCACCUACACUUUACAACAUCUCCGUCAAGGUGGGACAGGAUAGUGUAACGUCUUACACGGGUUUCCGAACCUUGUCUGUUGGCGAAAUCGACGGAGUGAAACGCCCGCUGCUCAACGGCGAAUUCAUCUUCCAAUUCGGCACUCUCGACCAGGGUUUCUGGCCUGAUGGUAUCUACACACCGCCCAACCGGGAAGCGAUGGUUUACGAUCUCCAGGUCUUGAAGGAUCUCGGUCUUAACAUGCUUCGGAAGCACAUCAAGGUUGAAAAUGCCCUUUUCUACCAGGCUUGCGACCAACUUGGAUUGUUGCUCAUCCAGGACAUGCCAUCUAUGCCUCUACGAACGCCAGAUGCGGAUCAACAAGCCGACUGGGAACGUCAGCUUGAUAUUCUCAUCCAGCAACACAAGAACUUCCCUAGCAUCUACACUUGGGUCAUCUACAACGAAGGAUGGGGUCAAAUCACAGACAGCUACUACCCCGAGUUCAACAUCACCAACCGUAUCAGGGAGCUCGACUCCACCAGAUUCAUCGACGCUACUACUGGAUGGCACGACCACGGCGCUGGUGAUUGGCAUGAUAACCAUCACUACGCGAACCCCCAAUGUGGCACACCUUUCUACUCUAUCCAGUCGACUCCUUAUGACCACCAGCGAAUCGCCAUCCAGGGUGAAUUUGGAGGAAUUGGCCACAAUGUCUCCGCGGAGCACUUAUGGAAGGUCGAUGAUGCUUUCAAUUCCAUCAACCAGACCUACGAAAUCGAUCAGGAUCUUGAUGCCUACAACUACCGUGGUCAUCUUCUAUUGAGCGAACUCCGCGACCAGAUCGAGAAGUACGCUUGCUCGGCAGCUGUAUGGACGCAAACCACCGAUGUCGAAGGAGAAGUCAACGGCUUCCUCACUUACGACCGACGGUUACAACGCACAGACAAGGAUCAAUGGCGAUCCGACAUCCAGGCCCUAUACGAUGCGGCCGCAGCCAGGGGUGGAAAGAAAACGAACAGGAGGAUGGUGUUAUAA